AUGGAGCCAGCAAAACUCUCCCCAGAAACUGCUAGCAAAGUCAUCACAUGCCGGGCAGCUAUUGCCUGGAAACCAAAUGCUCCUCUGUCCAUUGAGAAGAUUGAAGUUGAUCCACCACAGACUGGUGAGGUUCGAAUUAAGAUUAUAUCCUCUGGAAUCUGUGGCACUGAUACACACAUUCUGGAAGGAAAAAAUGAUGUCCCAUUUCCUAUUAUCUUGGGACAUGAAGGGGCUGGAAUUGUAGAGAGUAUUGGAAAAGGAGUAACCACUGUGAAACCAGGAGACAAAGUCAUAAUGUUCCCUCUUCCAGAGUGUAAAGAAUGCAACUCUUGCUUGAAUCCCAAAGGCAACCUCUGCUUGAAGGGAGAUGUUCUUUCUCCAACUGGGUUAAUGUUAGAUGGAACCAGCAGAUUUACCUGCAGAGGAAAGAAGAUUUAUAAUCUUUACCGCACAAGCACAUUCACUGAAUAUACUGUUGUGCAUGAAAUAGCAGUAGGGAAAAUCGAUGCUGCUGCUCCUUUGGAUAAAGUCUGCAUCAUGAGCUGUGAGGUGCCCACAAGCUUUGGAGCUGUGUUUAACACUGCAAAGGUCACUCCAGGUUCCACCUGUGUGGUCUUUGGACUUGGAGGAAUUGGAGCAGCCAUUGUAAUGGCUUGCAAAGCUUCUGGUGCUUCUAGGAUCAUUGGGGUUGACAUCAAUGAGCAGAAGUUUCCCCGGGCAAGAGCAUUAGGCGUCACUGAUUGUCUCAACCCUCGAAACUUCAAGAAACCAGUCCAGGAGGUGGUGAUGGAAAUGACACGUGUUGGUGUUGACUUUGCCUUUGAGGCCAUUGGACUCACUGAUACCAUGCUUGCAGCUUUGGAAUCAUGCAAUCUGAGCUAUGGAGUGUGUGUGAUUGUUGGAGCAGCACCCUCAAAUUCAAAACUCUCCUUUGAUCCCAUGCUGAUUCUCUCUGGGAGAAUUCUGAAAGGUGGAAUUUUGGGAGUAUAUAAAACCAGAGACUGUAUUCCACAACUGGUAACAGACUACCUACAAAACAAAAUCAACAUAGACCCACUUAUAACUCAUCGGUUGCCUUUUGAAAAAAUCAAUGAUGCAUUUAAAUUGCUGCAGCAUGAAUCUUGGUGA